AUGAAUGGCUAUAUAUCACCUGGUUAUUCAAGAAGAGUACCGUUAUAUCCAGUUCCACCUCCAAAUAAAUCAACCUCCAAAGGGAUAACAAUUACAGUAUCACCACAACCUCAACCUCAACCACCUCAACCACAACGUCCACCCUCCCGUAUCCUCACAUCUCAACCAACCCAACGAUACAUAUUCACCUACGCCCUCCUCUCCCACUCGCACAUCCUCUCCCUCUCACCCCACGCCCAAUUCCUCUCCCUCGCCCAUCUCCGCGGUUUCAAGUUCCUCAUCUCCCCUCGCGGGCUUGCCAACCUCGUCCUCUCAGCCCCCGAUUCCGUCUGGGGGGCCGUAUGGCUCCUCCCCCCCUCAGAGGAGCGAGGGCUAGAGAACGCACAACCUGGGUAUGAGAAGUACGAGCUGGCAGUACACCUUCAUCCGAGCAGGGAAGAACUCCUCUGUCAACUAUACGUCGACCCCAUUCCUGGAACCGGACUUCCUUCUCCCGCCUAUAUCGAGCAAUUCAACCUCGGUCUACGGGACACACCCCUCCCCCCGGAAUACGUGAAGAACGUUAUAAGGCGCUGGAUACCUCCUCCUCCAGUAGGGAUCCCUACGGCGCAAGAGGAGCCCGCGCGCUGUUAUUUCGCUUAUGGGACGGAGAUGGCCCUGUGCGUUCUUGGGCAGACAGCACCUGGUGCUCGGGCGCUAGACAGUGCGCUCCUGCCUGGAUAUAGGUGGGUGGUGGGGAGGGACGGGAAGCCGAAUGUGCGCCCUGAGAGGGGGAGCGCGGUCUGGGGGAUGGUGAGUAGCGUGACGAGGGAGGAUGAGCGGGCGCUGGAUAGGCAGUUUUUGUCCGGAGGGAGGGGAAGAAGGGCUGAGGAAGUUGAGCUCUCGAAUGGGAGAGGAGUGGUUAGGUGUUUCUUUUAUCUUGAUCUUACUUCUAGGCGGGAGGCAUUGCCUGACCCUGCUGUGGGGGAGGAGCUGGUAAAGGGCAUGCAGGAAGCGGUUUGGGAGGCGAAGUUGCCGACGGAGUGGGUCGAGCAAGUCGUCAGGCCUUGGUUGUUCCCCUCUGCUGCUGGACAGUGA